AUGCCCAAAACUCUCGAGAUCUUGUGGGUUUAUCGACAGUCGAGAAGAGAAUUUUCUUUGGCAAGCCGCCUCUUUUUUAGCGUUCAAAUUUUUCGUGGCGGGACGCAGCAGCAAACACUGUGGGAUACAAAUUACGACCGAAACUACGGUCGUUUUGGCGGUUGACACUGCACAAAGUAAGUUGAAACCUUUUAUUGACUUAUUCCAAUCGUUUUUAGGGAAUAUGAGCAGCCAAACGCAGGCAACCACCGUCUUUCAGUUUACUCAAACAAGCACGGUCAGCGUAAAGCGAGAGAAGGUCCCGAAAGCUUCGCCCGUGCGUCGAGUCGUCGUCAUCGAUGGUUGCAAUGUCAUCUCCAAGUGCUCUGACCGUUCUUACAGCAUACACACCUCGAAGUAAGGGAUUAGAACGAUUAUAAACUUAUUUUAGGUAAAAACUAGAGUUUUGAUUUUGGGUAUGACCUAAAAUGUCGUAAAAUGGAGAAAUUCUCAAUUGUUUUGAAUUACUAGGCUAUCGGAUUGUGAUGACUUUUAUUUUCAGCAACAAAUUCAACGCAUUGCCGAUAUUGUUGAUGGUGCACGACUUGAUCAAGCGGAAGUUUGAAGUGUUUGUCACGAUCAAAGAGUUCUUUAUGUCCCCAAAGACGGUGAAUUACGUGUUUGCUCUAGAGGUAAGAGUUUAUACUAUUCUGUUCUGUUUUUAGGAAAGUUUGACCUUGUUUUUCCUUUUUUAGACAUCAAAAUUUUUGACUAACAGGGGAAGUACCCCAAGUGCGACGCUCAGAUUUUGAUGAAACUUGGCACAAAUUUAGAACAAUUUUUUCUAAGAUAUAUGCGAGAAUCCUAGCUCGCGCUUUGCAGAAACAACCGGGAUUUUUAGAUCGAAAGUGUGCGAAAAUUUUACACUUUUUGCCGAAUUUCAGCACCAAAAUUUUCAUGCCCAUUUCUAUCGUAAAGGGUAAUGUUUCCACAAAAAAUCAAAUUUUUCCGCACGAAACUGCCAAAGUUAUGGCCAAAAAGCGUUUUCCUCUCUGACCGCUCUACACGUUUAGUGUGCUCUCUCGGCGGCAAAAACCGUUCAAUAUCUCGGCGGCGCCUGCAAAGCGCGAGCUAAAACUUUCAGGAAUUGAUGUUUAGUCCAUACCCGACGUGUGUGCAAAAUUUAAAGAAAAUCUGAGCGUCGCACUUGGGGUACUUCCCUUGUAAAAUAAUCUCAAACCUCUUCAGAACUCAAACCUCUGCUAUUGCUUAGCUUAGUCGCCCAUAAAACAUCCAAAUUCACCCCCAUUUUUCAGCAACUCCGAGCCUUCGAAGUUCUCCAUGUCUUCCCAGAUGCCGUUGACGACGAUCGAAUUAUUUUGAAUACUGCCAAGGCGUAUAAAGGCUCUAUAAUUAGCAAUGAUAAGUUCCGCGACCGCGAUGACGGUGAAUUCGGAGCUGAGAAGGCAAGACGGAUGGGUUUUCGGUACGACGCGGAUCCAAAUUAUUUUCCGAAUGUUGAUAAUGCUGGAAAACCCGAGUCGAAAUUUUUGUUUGGCUUGAAGUUUGAUUACCCGGAUUUAAAUAGUAAGUUAGGAUAGAUAGGCUGUAUUUGGUGAUAAGAAUGAUCGAUUAUGGCCUAAAGUAAUAUUGGUGGCAUUCAAGUUUUCGCUGCAGGGCCAAAGAUUGCAAUAUUUUCUAAAUCUUUGAAUAUAAGCGAUUAUGGCCCAAGAGCGAUUAUGAGCCAAAAAGAUCGAUUAUGACCCAAAGUCGAAAAAAAGUAGUCUUUUUCAACAAAAAGUGGCUAGCCAAACACUAGGGCAGGCAGCCAAAUUGGGUUAACGGUUGGUCAAGCACUUCGGCGAUUGUUACUUUUCUCCCAAGUAGUGCUGUUAAAAAUAGUUCUUUCAAUUUUUUCCAAAAAUACUUGAUUUAGAGAUUUGGUUUUUGGUGCUGCUGAAAAUAUGAACAGGAUUUUUAAGAUCAACACCAUCAAAAACCCAUAAAUCAAGUAUUUUUAGAAGAAAUUGAAAGAACUACUUUGAACAGUACUACUUAAGAAAAAAGUAACGAUCACCGAGGUGCUUGACUAACCGUUAACCCAAUUGGAUACCUGUCCUGGUGUUUGGCUAGCCACUUUCUGUUGAAAAAGACGACUUUUUUCGGCCUUGGGUCAUAAUCGAUCCUUUUGGCUCAUAAUCGCUCUUGGACCAUAAUCGCAUACAUUCAAAAAUUCAGAAAGUAUUAGAACCGUCGUUCCUGCAGCGAAAACUUGAAAGUCACCAAAAUUGAACCUUUUAGCCAAAACCCAACAUUCUUAUGUCCUCAAAAUUACUUUAAAAAUAAAAAUUAUAAUCGAUCUUUUUGGAUCAUAAUCGCUUUCAUUCUGACUGUAAAUAAAUGUUUACUUAUCAAAAAUUUUUCAGCGAAAGGCCUGUGUUUCCCAGGAGACCCCGAUUACAAUGAAGUGAAAAAGAUCUAUGACACUGUUGGAGAGUUGUAUUUAAAAAGAAUAAUGAGCAUCACGGAUUUGAUGGCCAGUUAUAUCCAACGGGAGCAAUGUUAUGCUCUGAAAGUGAGAUGUCCACCAGCACCGUUCCUUCUGCCCAAUGACAUGCCUGAUUUCUAUCUGUACCUCCAAAAGAGGCAAUCGUACGAAGCCCGAACGGGCUGGGACAAAAAGUAG